AUCUUUUUUGUAAACUUACUCUUAAAGAAGGGGCCAUAUAACUUUUCAGCUUUAUUACUCAUUGCAGCCACUUCACCGACGAUCUUCUUCUUCAACGGCCACAAACUUCCGGCGACAAUACACUGAUAGGUGAAUCCGACGAAUCCUGAAAAAGGAACAAACGUAUAUCAUCACGAAGAAGAGAUGGGGGAUUCAGAUCCUAUAAGUUCUUUGAGAUGCAGGCACUGUGCAGGUCCUCUCACCAAGGAGAUGGAAACCAGUGCUUGGACAGUUGGACCUCUUAUUAGAGAUAGCUUUUCUAUGAUUGGUUCUGCUGUUGGUGGUGUGUCAAGUGCAUUCUACGGAUUCAAUUUAGUGAUGCCGGUUGUUCAAAGGCGCGUGAGGGGACCCAUGUGGUUGCAUUUCCUUAUUGGUGCCCCACCUGUGAUAGUUUUCUCAUCAGCUUGUGCAGGAUUGGCAGGUGGUGCAAUUCCAGCGCUUGCUCAACUCGCGUCGUCAUCUUAUCAUGCCGCAGUCUCAUCCCCCUCGUUAUCUGUACCACCACCUCAGGAUGAUGACAUCAGCAAAUCUCGAAGCUCCUCUACGCUGUAGUUAUAUGGCGUUAUUCCCAUGGGUACAAAUACGAUGCCAUGUAUGGCAGCAACUGUUACAUGUACAUGUUUUGGAUUUCCGGGACUUAGUUUAAAGCACGACACACAUAUAUAGUAGGUAGCUACUGUUUCUAAUGAUUUGCAUAAUUGACAAUACGAGGAACACGAAGAUUUGGCCUGUCGGAUAUUCGGAUGUGAGAUGGAAUCACAUUCUAUAGCUCAAUUUGCUUUAAUUUGUUGCUUGUCAUAAUAUGAGGUUUUGCA